AUGCCUCAAAGAGAGGCCUCUUGUCAGGAUGCUUUCAUCAUUCGGUGCGGUCAUCCCAUGAACUGGGCCGAAAUCAUCCAGGACGUCUCCGACCAAGACAGAUCCCUGGAGGAGGCCUUCUCUGCAUUGAGCAUCUCAAGAGUUGGCCAGGGGAACAAAGAUGUGCGCCUCGUGCAUGAGAGUACUAAGCUCUAUGGCAAGGCUCUGAAGGAAUUGCAGGACGCCCUCUUCACCCCUAAACGAAUGUACUCCAACCAUGUCCUCAUGGCCUGUAUGUUCCUCGGUUUAUAUGAUAUUCUGGAAGGACCCGCGUUCAACUCGCGGGGUUGGAUCGCCCACGCUCGAGGAGCUGCUCGACUCAUUCAACUUCGUGGGCCAGAACGGCAUCAGGAGUGGGACGCCCAUCACCCGUUUCUUGCUUCGAGGAUUCCGACCAUCUACGCUUCCAUGUUACAAAGGAAGGCAACCUACUUGGCCACAGAGGAAUGGCUCACUAUCCCUUGGGCAACCCAAGCCCAUCGAACCUACGUUGACAGGUUGGUCGAUCUUGCCACCAUGAUCCCCGGCAUCUUGGAGACAUUUGAUCUUCUUCGCAACAGUGAAGCUGCGAUCCAAGACGAUCUCCUGCGACUACUUGGAAAAUGCAAAGACCUGCAGAUACGCAUGGACCGUUGGAAGGAUGGUACAAAGAAGUCAGCUAUUCCCCGCACAAUUAAGCACGAGCCUGCCGACGAUGAUGGCUAUCCUUUCGAGACUGAUUUUUGGUUCGAGAAUCACUUGUUUGUUCAUGCCCGCCUAGCAUACUACACCAGCUCUCUGGUAUUGUCUGAGGUUGUCGAGGAUAUUCUUCGCGUGCUCAAGCUAAGGGCCCCCAAAUUGGCGGACUCUCUUGACCUCGCUAAGCUGAAGGACCUGCUCAACUCGGACCGAUAUGCCGCGUACAUUUGCCAGUCUGUCUCAUAUUGUUUACAGCCAGAUAUGGGAGCAUGGGGUGCGAUUAUCAUCAAUUUCCCAGCCGACCGUGCUCUGGCGUAUUAUCAGAGGGUGGGUGAAACUGCCACUGCUGACUGGCUUAUGACAACCUUCCAAAAUGCGAAGACGAGAGGCUUUUACGUGGAAAGUGCUCCCAAUCAGCUCCCCGCGGGGCCUAGGUUCAAAGAAACUGCGAGUCGUCUUGUCAAGAGAGAAUCCAGCUCCGACUCCAGCACAGAUCACUCAGAUACAGGGCGUUCGCGUUCAUCGAGUCAAAGCUGUACAAGUACGGCAACCACAUUUGUCUACGAAAAUCCCUCAAAGUACUAUUACGAUGCAAGCAACGACCCGGGCUGA